AUGGAGCAGGCACAGGCACCGGUCAAUAAUGAGGGGGAAUUAGGUGAAGCAGCACAAGUCCAAGGGGAAGGCCAAGCACAGGUCCAAGGAGAAGGUCAAGCGCAAGUCCAAGGAGAAGGUCAGGGACAAGCCCAAGGAGAGGGACAGGGAGUUGAAAACGCAGGCAACAAUGAUCCACAGGAGGAGGAAGUUGACCUGUCUGUUGAAGCUAACGAAAGAGGACGGAAGAGGAAGGCUGCUGUACCUGUAGACCCUCGUGGCCCAGCGGGCCCCCCCGAGAACACCGAAUCGUUGUACGGACCGCGAUUCUCCAAGGUGCUUAAGGUGACUGUCCUUGAGCCAGCAAAAGACGAAACAGCGAAGUUCACUAUCGGUUCAACCGUUGCUACAAUCUCUAUCGAAAGUCUUCCGAACAAUCCGACUCUCGCGGCUGUGCGGCAACAUGCAGCAAUACAAAAUAGUGGUCUGGUCGAUGCUCAUGGAAAGCAAUCAUUCUGUUACAGUGAUGGUUCCGCAGCCGGAGAUGGCACUUAUCUAGUGCGCUAUCUGAAUCAUGAAGACGAGAAGGACGUCACUCUCCACUCCCAACCACAGAAGGCUCCUCAGCCCGCCCCGGAAGGAGGCAAUGAGGGUCAACAAGAACAGAAAAAGCCAGAAGAGCCUAAACCACUGAUUACCAGAACCCUCUACAUAAUGCUUGGCAAGUCAAAACCAAAGACAGUGUUGAGCUCUUUACUAGAGGGAAAGUCGUUUUCGAUCAAGAUCAUUCGAUGGGACGCUGGCGACAAUGGAUCUGGGACCUUUGUCAGCCGUGGCACUCUUCUUGCGAAAGACCUGGGUGAAGCUGACCCAAAGACGAUAAAUCUAGCGGCCUUGAGAAUCAUUCUCUCCAAGAACGAGAUAAUGUCCGCUUAUCCCAGCAAGCACAAGUUCUGUACCCCAACUGGAGUAACAGUAGGGAAGGAAGAAACGACAUUUUCAGAAUAUCUAGAUAUAGAGGAAAGCGAGGUCACGAAGGACACAAAAAUACCCGCCGUCACCCUGUACUACAAGCGUCCUACUUCAGAUAACGAACCAUGGAAGAAGCCGGAGACCGACCUCACCAGCGGAAUAGGACCAUACAAGGAAGGGGGCUCCAAACUGACCAAAAGCGAAGAAUUCUUCAAAGGGCAUAAGACUGCAGAUGCAUUUAACAAAGCUGCCUCAGAACGCGCAUUCAAAGAUGACCUCAUUAACAUAGAUCCGACUGCGCUCUCGAAUUUGAAGUUUCACGCAGCAUCCACGCUCGACGAACAACAAUGGAAGCAAGUUAUAACAAACUGUGGUUUGAUGUACGGUUGGGUAGUCGAUAAAGCCAAUAACAGGAUUCAACAAGCUCGCAAGCCUGCGUUUCAACUUCGUGUCAAAGAAACGAGGACCAUUGAGGAAUUGACUCCCAACUUCCUGAAGAAGCCAUCGAAGCCUAAACAAAGUUUGCCGCACACAGGGAUUAACAAAAAGUUACCUGCGGGUAGCAUAGAUGACAUUGUUGAACUGUCCUCGAAGCAAAACGAUGAACGCUCCAGAGAGCAGGCUAAACGGGAAAUGGAUGACUCAGACAGAACAGCUAUCGGUCCAAAUGCUUAUCAACCAAAUAGUCCAGAGAAAGCAGCCGAGAAGAAGGGAGCAACCGAGUCAGCGCCCGCAAAGACCCAGUUGGAAAAUGUCCCAAUCCUUGCAAUUCCUAAGUUCCAAGUCAGCGAUAACUCUCGAGUUGAAGUCACCGUCUCCAGCCACGAAUUCGAAACCAGCAUGGCGAAGAAUGAUUUUAGCUCUCAAACUACUGAGGGUUCAUUGUCUGCCGGCUGGGGUGGAUAUGCUUUGAAGGUCGGCGGAGGCCAGUCGAGUAGCAAAAGCGAUGCUGCUAAGAGAACCCAAAAUACUUACCAAAAGACACUGAUUGCCUCCUAUCUGUUCCCUCGUGCAGAUAUUAUUCUCGACCCCGAGGAUAUCGAGCCAACACCCGAGCUCAAACUCGCCAUCCAACGAAUCGCAAAGACGAAAAGUAUUGUCGAUAUGAGAUACCUCAUCAGCGAAUUCGGUCACUUGUUCUCCGCUCGGCUCACAAUUGGCGGUCGUCUACAGACAACCAGGAUUAUGAAUGAAACAUCAAACAUCUCCGAUCAGGAACAAAAGGAACAGCUGAAGAAUUCCUUCUCGGUACAAGUCACAACGCCAUAUGGUGGCGGUGGGGUCAAACAUGAGGACGAGACAGGGAAGAUCAACCAAUCUAAUACUGCGCAAAAGGAUAAGAGCGAAAGGCAUGUCUGUGAAGCUGUUGGUGGAAAUACGAUUCUAGCGUCGAGCCCACUAGUCUGGGCACUCAGUGUUGCUGAUCCUGGCAAUUGGCGAGUUAUCAACCGUGACGCUUUGUCCUCAAUGGUCGACUUCAUAGCACAGAUUCCCGGCUACAGCUCAGUGAAGGAGUUGUUCAUUCAAGCCGUGCCUACAUUGAGCCGAUACGUUGACUUAGGUGGCAUGAAGGAAGCGAAGGUUCGGCUACGGCUUGCAGGCAACACGACAAGGCUGUCGAAGGCGUACGUGAAGAGGGUUCCUAAGUCGAAAGUUGAACCUGAUGCGAAGGCUUUGGAAGAUACGAAAGAGAGUGCACCGGAUGCAAAGACAUCGGAAGAGGCAAAGAAGGGCACACCAGAUGCAAAGGCCACAGAUCAAGCGAAGCAGAGUACGACAACUGAUAAGACUCCCAAGGACACCAAGCCGAAAGACACUAGCCCACCAGCAUCAUUUCUUUACAGCGACGAUCCAUUAUACUACCUUGGUCAUAUUCCAGAGACCACCAUCGAGCCUAAGAUGAUGGUGAUCAAAAACAUGGCUACGGAUGUUUGGGGAGAAAUCAUUCCCGGUGGGAACGGAAAACCCUUGUUUUCGCCUGCGAGGUAUCGCGCACCGGCUAUUCUUGGCUACGGUGGUGAAGAUACGGACAAGCUAAUGGAGUACAAUCAAGAGUUCAUGAACACCGUGUGGAACAUCGUGGCUCCAUUUGAUGAAACGCUCUCACAUGGCGCCCGCGUAACUUUGCAGACUGUCCCACUGGAAGGCACUAUCGAAAUACCGAAUCCAGCAAAGAAGGCCAAGCCGACAACUAAAGUCGCAUCGGAAGACAAGCCCGCAAAGCCUAACGCACCAUCCGCACUUGGAGGAAACCUAGACAAUAUCAAGCUAGCUGAAGCUCCAAAUGGGCCCGCAACAGUUGAAGAAAUCCCCGACACGAUUGCCGUGCAGGCGUCGACUUCAACACCAUCCUCGCUCGCGGUAUUUCGAAACCGCCAGGGCGUCUUUCUGCCGGCAAUGACUGGGUCAGACGAAUUGCACUACUGGCGCAUCGCUAAAGUGGGCGCGAAACGCGUCGGCGAGAAGAUCCAGGAAGGCGAUCAGAUACGACUAUGCUGGCUCUUCAAAGACCAAUGCACAGGAUUCCGCGAUUUUUCCGAAGACGUAUUCGGGCGAAGGAGAACGCAGAAACCCGACGAUUUUGAUGGCGAGGCUCUCUUUUUCAAACUCCCUUGGCCAAGGUUCGAACAACUUCAGACGGCCGAUGGCGAAGGGACCGGCAUUAAUGCAAUGGUUUUGAGCUCACAUCCGACCAUGGAUGUAUACUGGGGAGAGAUCUGCAACCUACCCCAGUUGGAGCAAGAUGGAAAAGGCAAUGGUAAGACGUGGUACAUUCAUCAAGACGUAUCUUUCUUCAUUGACAAGGUUGCGAAUAAUGGACGAGGUGAUGUCGAUGAUGGUCUAGUUCCGACCAAGGAAGAGAAAGCUAAGGCCGAAAAGAACAGGAAGAAGACGAAGCAAGAGUUGCUGCAGGAAGCAGCUUCGAUGGGUGCUGAGGCCAAGAAGUUGCAACAGCAGCAGAUGCAGAAAUUGUUCGAGGCUUUGCUUUGGUUGGGACAAUAA